UCCACUAUCGUGUGAAAAAAACUAGAGUAUGAAGCAUUAUUGGUUUGAACUGUUUAAAGAACACCAUCUAUUUGAGGGUGCUGGAGAAUCUGUCGAUGCCAGCGCUGCUCAGAGGUUUGUUGCCCAGCCAGUUUUAUCCACGGAGUUGGCUAAACUAAACCAAUGAACUGGUCAACAGGCUAGAUCUGGAAGUUCUUACCAAUGAACUGGCUAAGAAUUCGAAAUUGCGACCACAAAUUGCAUCUAAAGUGCUGUUCUCUGUAAGCGGUAUGCACGGCCACUAGAGAAAUGCAGCAAACAGCUCAACAUGGCCUUCCAUCUAGGGAGGAGACCCGAUCAGGACAUGUUCAAACCUCUGACUUUGCUUGUAGUUGGUGUACCGAUAUUUUUAUCUGAAGGGCCAUACAAAAUGCAGCAAACGGAAUCAGUUGUUGCUGUCGUUUGAUGAUCUGUUGAUCAAACAGAACACCAUGUUUCCUGGCAUGAAGCGAGCGGUACCUCGCAUCGUGCCGUUCACCUUGACACCUCGUCUUGUCUGACAUGCUUGGUACGAAUGUACUGAAGAAUCUGUCAAUGCUGGCGCUCAAAAGUUUCUUGCCCGGCAAGUUUCGCGCUGGAGUUGGCUUUUUUUAAAUCAAAAAGGGGAGUUGUUAUAAUUCUUAUUUCUUAAUCAAAUUUUAUUUUAUAUGGUGAACCAAUCGGUUGGUGAACAAGUUCCUUGAAGUUUCUUCCAGCCUUGCAAGAACCAUUCAAUGUAGACGCGGUUGAUAUCAAUCAAGGAUUAAAAAUUGCCGUGACAAGGCGCCGUCCUUACUUCCUACCCAAGACCAGCCACUGGAUAAUGUUUAUCUUCUACAAGUGCAUAAUUCUGCCACUGCCCCUUCGGAUGAUUCAAGCACCAAAUUAGGCCAGACACAUCCAAACACACGAAAAAUGUAUAAGGCCGGGUAUAUGUAGACCGGCGGUUAGCCUAGUUACCUUGUUCGAGUAGUCUUUUGCCCCAGAUCGCGGGACAAGAAACACCAGCCAUCAUGUGGUCAAAGAAUCAGCCACACCUCCACAGCCUCCUGCUUAUCGUCGUUCCAUUCCUCUUUGUUUCCACAGCCUCUGCCGCGAAUCCUGAAUCUGACAUCCUUGACAAGGGCCGCAACAUCACCGACGGUGAGACCCUUGUCUCACCUGGUGGGUCAUUCACCCUUGGUUUCUUCCCUCCUGGGGUGCUAGGCAAGAGAUACCUUGGGAUUUGGUUCUCCAUGGAUGAGGACGCCAUCUGUUGGGUAGCUAACAGAGACCAUCCUCUCACUGACGCUCGCGGGGUGCUGGUGAUCAGUGACACGCGAAGCCUUCUCUUGAUUGAUAGCUCCGGCCAGGUCGUGUGGUCUUCAAACACGACAGGCACUGCCUCAACGACGGUGCAGCUGCUCGAGUCCGGCAACCUAGUCUCGAGAGAUGGGAACGCCAGCGGUGCCAUCACGUGGCAGUCGUUUGACCACCCGUCAAACACAUUGCUGCCCGGCAUGAAGAUUGGCAAGAACCUAUGGACCGGGGAAGAGUGGUACCUCACGUCAUGGCGUUCAGCUGACGACCCUGCCACAGGGAAUUUUCGCUACAUCACUGACACGGAGGGCGUACCACAAAAUGUGAUGUUGGAUGGUGGCAAAAGGAUUUACCGCACGGGACCGUGGAACGGCCUAUGGUUCAGUGGUGUCACGGAGAUGGGCACGUAUUCUGACAUGUUCAUCUACCGAUUGACGAGCAGCCCAAGCGAGAUAACCUAUGGCUAUGUCGCCAAGGCUGGAACGCCCUUCUCACGUCUAGUUCUGACCGACGACGGGUUAUUCCGACGCCUGGUAUGGGACACGAGCAGUCGGGCGUGGAAGAUCUUCUUCCAAGGGCCGAGGGACAUCUGCGACCAGUAUGGCAGGUGUGGGGCAUUUGGACUGUGCAACGCCAGUGCACCGUCGACGUCGUUCUGCAGCUGCGUCAGGGGGUUCAGCCCAGCAUCUCCCGUGCAGUGGAAGAUGAGGGACACCUCCAACGGUUGCCGCCGAAAUGUGACAUUGGACUGUGGUAAUGGAAUAUCCACCACGGAUGGUUUUGUGGUGAUGCAGGGAGUGAAGCUUCCUGACACGCACAACGCAUCAGUGGAUGCUAGCAUCACGUUGGAGGAGUGCAGGACGAGGUGCCUGGCCAACUGUUCUUGUCUGGCGUAUGCUCCAUUGGAUCUCAAAGGAGGAGGCACUGGCACAGGCUGCAUCAUCUGGAGAGAGGACCUCAUGGACCUCCGGCAUGUAGAUGGGGGGCAAAGCCUGUUUCUGAGAUCAGCCAAGUCAGAAUUAGGUGAAGCGCAGCCGCCCAAGUCGUUUCCUACUGGGAUUGUUAUUGGUGUAACAGUGCCCCUGGUCACUAUAAUUCUGGCUCUCGUUGCUUUCUGGUUUUCCCCCUGGAGGAGACGAUGGAACAGAGAAAGAAUAUUAGUAGACAAUCCUCCAAGGGUUGUACACAAUGCUCCAAGGGUUGUAGACAAUGUCGCUCCUGAUAGUCAUCCUCCGAAUCUUGCGUUACUCACGACGUCCUUCCCUGCAGUUGGUCUUCCUGCUGUAGUACAGGCUACAGGAAAUUUCUCCGAAGCAAAUAUCAUUGGCAAAGGCGGAUUUAGUGUCAUCUACAAGGGGGAGCUAGAUGGUUAUGGAACGGUUGCUGUAAAGAGGCUCAAACAAGAUAGUCUUAGCGAGAAAAUCAAGGGGGAUUAUGCAAGGGAAAUAGUACUGAUGUCAAGGUUCACACAUGCCAAUCUUGUUAAGCUUCUCUGUUAUUGCCAAGAAAAUGCUGAGUGCAUACUUGUCUACGAGUUCAUGAGGAACAGGAGUUUGAAUCUCUACAUUUUUGGAGAAGAUAGCAGCCUCCGCUCCUUGCUGAAUUGGGCGCAAAGAGUAAAAAUAAUUCGUGGGAUCGCCGUAGGUCUGGAAUGGCUUCAUGGCGAGGGAGUCAUUCAUAGGGAUCUAAAACCUGGCAAUAUACUUCUGAAUGACACAUUGGAACCUAAGAUAGCAGACUUUGGCACUGCUAAGACGUUAAUUGAGGACCCGACAAAUCAGACGUUGGUGCAGACAGCGGGAUAUGUGGCUCCAGAAUAUGCAGGGGAAGGGACCCUGACAGACAAGUGUGAUGUAUACAGCUUCGGAGUUGUCUUGCUGGAGAUAGUCAGAGGCAAAAGAAAAAAAGAUGAGCCGGCGUUCCUUCCUCAAGUCUGGGAAUCGUGGAAGCAAUGCGAGAUCGGGGAGCUUCUUGAUCCGCAAGUGGGUGAACCUGAAGAGGCCUUUUCAGUGCUAGCCAGGUGCAUCCAUAUUGGCCUUCACUGCGUGCAGCAUUUGCCAGAGCAGAGGCCUGCCAUGCCUGACGUUGUGGCGAUGCUAACCAACACCGGCACACACCUCCCCAUGCCAAGCAACCCCACGGCCAACAUCGGAGCCGGCCCUCGCGCACAACCAAUAUCGGAUGGCACGCCCGGACCGAGCCGGACCUUGUGACCAUCCAUCACUUGAACAGUUUGUGAUAUCUUGGGACGAGAAUGAAAUCCUUUCAAGUUUGAGUGCCUCCUCCCUCCAUGCAUGGCUUCAUUGCGUUUCAGCUUACCAGGGUGACACGGUGAGAGUGUGUGGAAGAGGAAUAUGUUUCAGACAGUUGCAGCAUUCUAACCUUUUCUCUUAACACUGGAUGCCGCCUUCGUUUUCAUUUUCCUUUCUGGGUAUUUGUUCAAAUUACGACAUGAUGGAUGGAACUUUCGAUCAUUAACACACUUUGUAUGAGCAUUUGGCGCAACAAAAUUGCAGCUUAA